CAUGGGACAGGUAGUUUGAUCGUCUCACGCGAGAGAACAGUUAGGAGUUUCAUGGCCUGAGUUGGACUCUGGGGGGUAAAAGCGAAGGGGGGUAAAAGCAGGGGGCAGUUUAUAUAUCAAGGUUUUUAACAAAGUGCAGAAGUUGUGUAGUUUGUCUUGGGACACGGUUCUGAGUUGUAAAAUGGGCCCGACAGUUCAGUAUGAGACAGGUGCUGGAGCAGCUUCUCUCGAGGCUGAGCUCAGAGAGAUGCUGCAGAAAAGGAUCAUGGUCCUGGAUGGUGGAAUGGGAACCAUGAUUCAACAGAGGAACUUGCAGGAUGACGACUUCCAUGGUCAGGAGUUUAAAGAUCACCCACAAAGCUUAAAGGGCAACAAUGACCUGCUGAGCAUCACCAAGCCUGAGGUUAUCUACUCAAUCCAUAAGACAUACCUGCUUGCCGGAGCGGAUAUCAUCGAGACGAACACGUUCAGCAGUACACGAGUUGCUCAGGCGGAUUACGGGCUCGAAAAGCUGGCCUAUCGGCUUAACAAGGUGUCAGCAGAAUUGGCCCGAAAGGCUGCUGAUGAAGUUUCUGCUGAGACAGGUGUGAAACGCUACGUGGCUGGAGCAGUAGGGCCGACCAACAGAACUCUCUCUGUCUCACCAUCUGUGGAAAGACCAGACUUCAGAAACAUCACAUUUGACGAACUGGUCGAGGCGUACUCAGAGCAGGUCCAAGGGCUGCUCGAUGGAGGCUGUGAUAUCCUGCUGGUGGAAACCGUCUUUGAUACGGCGAAUGCAAAGGCUGCUCUGUUUGCUAUCGAUAAACUGUUUGAGGAAUCCUAUGAACCAAGACCCAUAUUUAUCUCUGGGACUAUAGUGGACAAGAGUGGGAGAACUCUCUCAGGGCAGACUGGAGAGGCUUUUGUCAUCAGCGUAUCUCAUGUAAAGCCUCUCUGCAUUGGUCUGAAUUGUGCUCUGGGAGCCUCUGAAAUGAGGCCGUUUAUCGAAACGAUCGGAAAGAGCACUGAGGCUUUCAUCAUAUGUUACCCCAACGCAGGCCUCCCCAACACAUUUGGUGGGUAUGAUGAAACCCCAGAAUGCACUGCUACACAUUUAAAGGAGUUUGCGACAGACGGUUUGGUGAACAUCGUCGGAGGCUGCUGCGGAACGACGCCAGACCACAUACGGGCGAUCGCUGAGAGUGUGAAACACUGCCAGCCCAGAGUUCCUCCGACAGACCUGUUCAGCAAUUACAUGCUGCUCUCUGGUCUGGAGCCAUUUCGGAUCGGACCGUACACUAACUUCGUUAACAUCGGCGAGCGCUGUAACGUGGCCGGAUCACGCAAGUUCGCCAAACUCAUCAUGGGUGGGAAUUAUGAGGAGGCGUUGAGUAUAGCUAAAGCCCAGGUGGAAAGCGGUGCUCAGGUGCUGGAUAUCAACAUGGAUGAGGGGAUGCUGGAUGGCCCCGUUGCUAUGGCUCGCUUCUGCAAACUCAUUGCAUCCGAGCCAGACAUCGCCAAAGUGCCGCUGUGUAUCGACUCCUCUAACUUUGCAGUGAUUGAAGCAGGUCUGAAGUGCUGCCAGGGCAAGUGCAUCGUCAACAGCAUCAGCCUCAAGGAGGGAGAAGAGGCCUUUCUCAAACGCGCCCGGGAAGUGCAUCGCUACGGGGCUGCUGUCGUCAUUAUGGCCUUCGAUGAGGAGGGGCAGGCUACUGAAAUUGAUCAGAAGGUCAAGAUCUGCACAAGAGCGUAUCAUCUCCUGACCAAAAAGGUGGGCUUUAACCCCAACGACAUCAUUUUCGACCCCAACAUCCUGACCAUCGGCACCGGGAUGGAGGAACACAACUUGUACGCGAUCAACUUCAUCAAAACGAUUCGGAUCAUAAAGGAAACUUUGCCUGGAGCCCGGAUCAGUGGAGGUCUAUCUAACUUGUCCUUCUCAUUCCGAGGCAUGGAGGUCAUCAGAGAGGCCAUACACGGAGCGUUUCUCUACCACGCUAUUAAGGACGGGAUGGACAUGGGGAUUGUGAAUGCAGGCUCACUGCCUGUCUAUGAUGACAUCGAUAAAGAGCUGCUCCGGCUGUGCGAGAACCUCAUCUGGAACCGGGACCCAGAGGCCACAGAUAAGCUCCUUCAGUAUGCUCAGAACAAUGCCAAAGGAGUGAAGAAGGUAAUUCAGACAGAUGAGUGGAGAAAAGGAAGCGUGGAAGAGAGACUGGAGUAUGCACUUGUUAAGGGUAUAGAGAAGUAUGUAGUGGAGGACACAGAGGAGGCUCGUGUUCAGACAGAUCGCUAUUCCCGACCACUCCGCAUCAUCGAGGGGCCACUUAUGAAUGGCAUGAAGACCGUAGGAGAUCUGUUUGGUGCCGGAAAGAUGUUUCUGCCACAGGUGAUCAAAUCAGCCCGUGUGAUGAAGAAGGCCGUAGCGCAUUUGAUUCCCUUUAUGGAGAAAGAGAGGGAGGAGAUGAAGGCUGCACUUGGAGUGUCUGAGGACUUGGAUCCUUAUCAGGGCACGAUCAUUCUGGCCACAGUAAAGGGAGACGUCCAUGACAUCGGCAAGAACAUUGUGGGUGUUGUGCUGGGAUGCAACAACUUUCGGGUGAUUGAUUUAGGAGUGAUGAUUCCAUGUGAUCAGAUCCUGAAGAUGGCCAUUGAGAAGAAAGCAGAUAUCAUCGGUUUGUCGGGUCUCAUCACGCCGUCCCUUGACGAGAUGAUUUUUGUAGCUAAGGAAAUGGAACGCCUGGGCAUGAAAACCCCUCUGCUGAUCGGAGGAGCCACGACUUCAAAGACUCACACGGCAGUAAAGAUUGCCCCUCGAUACACCGCUCCUGUUGUACACGUUCUUGAUGCGUCUCGUAGUGUUGUCGUGUGUUCUCAGUUGUUGGAUGUGUUCAAAUGAGGAUUUCUUGAGGAAAUAACAGAGGAGUAUGAAGAUAUCAGGCAGGAUCACUACGACUCUCUUAAGGAUAGGCGAUACAUGUCUCUCGAGCAGGCACGAAAGAAGUGCCUGCACAUCGAUUGGCUCUCACAGCCACCACCAGAUCAACCACAGUUCCUGGGCACGUGUGUGUUUGACGCUUAUAACCUGAGGAAGCUGGUGGACUUCAUCGACUGGAAGCCAUUCUUUGACGUGUGGCAGCAGGGGAAAUAUCCCAAUCGCGGGUACCCCAAAAUCUUUAAUGAUAAAACUGUGGGAGAAGAAGCCAGGCGUGUGUUUGACGAUGCUCUGAAGCUUCUGAACCGGCUGAUUGACUGUAAGGACCUGCAAGCAAGAGGCGUUGUGGGCUUCUGGCGUGCACAAAGCCACGGAGAUGACAUUCUUGUAUACCCUGAUGAUGUCACUCCAACCUUAUCUAACCACACUGCUACCUUCUUCGGGCUUAGACAGCAGGCAGAGAAGGACUCGGUGAGUUCGGAGCCGUACCUGUGCCUGGCAGAUUUCGUAGCGCCGCUGGAAAGCGGAGUGCGGGACUACAUCGGGCUCUUCGCGGUCGCUGUUUUCGGGGCCGAAAAGCUCAGCCAAGGUUUUGUGCAGCAGGGCGAUGAUUACAGCAGCAUCAUGGUGAAAGCUCUUGCUGACAGACUGGCUGAGGCCUUUGCUGAGGAGCUCCAUGCCCGUGUGAGAAAGGAGUUUUGGGGUUACAGUGAAGAAGGAGAUCUGCUGUCCAGUGACCUCCACAAGCUGCGUUACUCUGGCAUUCGUCCUGCUCCAGGCUACCCCAGCCAGCCUGACCAUACUGAGAAACAUACCAUGUGGAGACUCGCCCAAAUUCAAGAGAAAACCGGUAUUGGUCUGACUGAGUCACUUGCCAUGACUCCAGCUGCAGCAGUAUCCGGUCUCUACUUCUCCAACCCCAAAUCCACCUACUUUGCUGUGGGCAAGAUCACCAAAGAGCAGGUGGAAGAUUAUGCCAGGAGGAAGGAGAUUUCUGUGUCUGAGGCAGAGAAAUGGCUGGCACCUAUCCUGGCUUAUGACACCGACUAAGCCCCAUAACUGCGUACUUUCAAAGUCAACAUGGUUCUUUAUCUGUGGUUUUGAAAUGUAAACCCUGAAACUAGAGAAGCCGAAUUAUUACAAUAGUGGCAGACUAUUGUUUUAUUUAUUAUUUAUCAUUGACUGUCAGGGCUUUUUUUUUUCUUUUAAAUGCUGUAAAUUCUAUUUUUGACAUUUUUAUUACAAGUUCUGGCAAAAUUACAUCUUAUACCCAUUUAAAACAUAUAUAUAUAUAUUUUUUUUUUAAAUUAUUAAAAUAAUUGAGCUUAUUGCGAUGGCAAAAGCGUAAGAUCCAGAGUUGUCCAAUUGUAAUAGAUUUUUCUAAGAUAAAUUCUAAGCACAACAAUUUCUAUAUACUGGACAGUUUCUAAAAACAGAGAUUGUUGUUAUUUGUUUUUAUUUUUAUGGCUCAAUGUUGCACAAAUGACCAGACGGUUUAAAAAAAAAAAACAUUUCAAGCGGACAUUUCUGUAUUUUUGUCUUAAAAUACAAAAUCUAAUUUUGUAAACUUGUAAAUUAAAAGUCAGGGAUAGAGACCUAA